UAUGUCGGAUUAAAGAUCCAGAUCAUGCAUUUGCUGGUCUGCUGCACCUGUCCUAUAACCAGACAUGAUGCUCCAGGCUGCUGUGUUCAGUGUCCUAUUCUGCUCUGUUCACAGUUUUACUAUACAGGCUUCCCUUGAAAAGAGUGAGGAGUCCUCCUGCAACACCAUUGAAGACAAUGCUUUCAGUGUCUCCACGCUGAUAGAGAAGGCCAACAUCAAUGUUGGAAAGAACUUCGAUGACCCCCUGGUGAUGUUUGGAGACAUAGCAGUGCCAACCGGUCUUGAGAAUGCUGAUCCCUGCACAGCAAGACGUUGCAAGUGGCAAAAAUACAAUGAUGGCAAGGUCUACGUACCCUACCGCAUCUCCGACGACUACUCCCGAAGACAGAGACAGGAGAUUAUACAAGCCAUGGAUUCCUUUGCUGAGUCUACCUGCAUCCGCUUCUUCCCUGUGAACAGACAGCAAGACUUUCUGGACAUCCUGCCUCUCACAGGGUGUUGGUCAUAUGUUGGGCGUCUUGGUGGACGCCAGGAAGUGUCUUUGGACCGUGACGGUUGCAUUGACCUGGGCACCAUCCAACACGAGCUGCUCCAUGCCCUGGGCUUCCAUCAUGAACAGUCACGGUCCGACAGGGACCAGCACGUUCGCAUCCUGCUGCAGAACGUCGAGUCCGAGGAUAAGGACAAUUUCAACAAGGUCCAGACCAACAACCUCAACACUCCCUAUGACUACAACUCUGUCAUGCACUAUGGAAGGUAUGACUUCUCUAAGAACAGGCAGCCAACCAUCAUCCCCAUCCCUGACGAGAACGUAUGCAUUGGUAGGGCCACAAAGAUGAGUCCAAAUGACAUCCUUCGGGUGAACCGCCUUUACUGCAGUUCGACUGCUGCCAGAUCACACCUGGACCCUGUGCAAAGAAACCGUUUCCUCUAAAUCAAAGAAGCCAAAAGGAAUUGAUGCGAUGCUUUAUCUUCAAGCAAAAGUUGAAAUGCAUCUUAUGCUUAAUGAAUGUGCUUUGAUCCAGAAUUGCAUCAAAUUAGCUUGUGUGCUAUCCUAAUUAGAAAUGAAAAGUGCCAGAUGACCUCAUCGCAAAUGUACAGUCCCAGUCAAAAGUUCGGGAACACCCUCUCAUUCAAUGGUCUUUCUUUUUUCACCUAAAUAUUCUUCAUUGUAUAUUAAUACUGAAGACAUUAAAACUAUGAUGGGACACAUAUGGAAUUAUGUAGUAAAGAAAAAAAC